AUGCUUAUUCCGAAGGCUGAUCGCAAGGCGAUCCACGAGUACCUCUUCCGUGAGGGUGUGAUGGUUGCUGCGAAGGAUUACGAGUCGACCCACGAGACCGGCAUCCGCAACCUCUUCGUCAUCAAGGCUUGCCAGUCCCUGACCUCGCGCGGCUACGUCAAGACCCAGUUCUCGUGGCAAUACUACUACUACACCCUCACCCCCGAGGGUCUCGACUACCUCCGGGAGUGGCUGCACCUCCCCGCCGAGAUUGUUCCGGCUACGCACAUUAAGCAGGCGCGCUCGCACGCCCCGCCCCGCGGCAUGCUCGGCGAGGAGCGUGGUGAGCGGAGGUUCGGCGGCCGUGGCCGUGGCGACCGUGGUGAUCGUGAGGGUGGCUACAGGCGCCGGGAUGCCGGCGAGGGCAAGGAGGGCGGUGCGCCGAGCGACUUUGCUCCUCAGUUCCGUGGCGGUUUCGGACGUGGUGGUGGCCGUGGCCGUGGUGAUGCCCCUCCCUCGUAA